AUGUCCUCAUCUUCUCCCGAGGAAGACGACUGUGUUGUGGCUAUCAAGUUCUUGGUACCUCAACUCAGCUUUGCAGACCCGAUGAAGGCCACUCCAAGCCACCUCAUUGGAUCAUGGGAUCUCCACAAUGCUAAACCAAAUCCCAAGUUUCAGAGGCUGCGAAAGAUCAUCAAGGGUAUUGGGAAAUUGAAAACAAAAGCUUUAAUGGUGUUCAAGCUAGACGAAGAAGCAAAUGCUGUUUACACUCAAGACAUGAGCGAUCUCUUCAUUUACCUCACAAAGUCUGACCCUUUAUGUGUCCCUACUAACUCAUGGAUACCCCUGCCUCCUAACCGAGUCUUGAUCUUGGAUGUAGACGAAAGCAGAAGGGUUAGUCUGUGUCGUACACCUUCCAAGUUGUAG